AUGCCGAUGCCAAACGCGACGAACACGCCGCCGUCGUCGUCGUCGUCGUCGUCGUCGCGCGCGUCGAGGCCGCCGUCUUCGCCCUCGCCGCCUUCGCGGCUUUUGAACGUCAGACAACAAACCGCGCGAGACGGACCCGCGUGGUGCUCGUCCGUGAACACGACCCCGCCGCGCGAGCUCGCGAAGGUGGUCAAGUCCUCGCGCGCGCGCGCGAAAGACCUCCCCGAGCGCGCGCUCGCGUCGCUCGCCGACGGGUCGUGCGAUCCGCGAUGGGGCGAGCGCGUCGACGCGUGGCUCGUCGCGAGAGGCUUCUCCAUCCUCCCCGAGCUCUCCGACGACGAGCUCGCGGAGAUCAGAGAGGUGUUUCGCCUCCUGGACGACGACGACAGCGGCGCGCUCGACGCGGAAGAGCUCCUCGAGGGCUUCGGCGUCGUCGGCACGCGGCACGAGGGCGAGCUGAAGGUGCUCAUCGCGUCGGUCGAUUUCGACGGCAGCGGACUCAUCGAGCUGGACGAGUUCGAGGUCAUCAUGUCGAGCAAGAAGCAGUUCGCGAAGCUCCGCGGCGCGAUGGCGGAGAGCGAGCGGGGCGCGCGCGCGAAGGACGGCGGCGGCGGCGUCGGGGGUGAGGAGGAGGAGGAGGAGGAUGACGACGGCGGCGGCGGCGGCGGCGGCGGCGGGUUCGACGCGAAUUGGGCGCGCGGAUUACGUCGUAAGAAACUUUUAGACGCGCUCAGAGAAGGCGGGGAGAAGCGCGAGCGGCUCGCGCGGCUCGCGGCCGAGGCGGAACGAGCGGCGAACGACGUCGCGCGGUUCGAAAGCAGGGCGGCGAGAGAGAUCGAGGAGCUGAGAGGAUCGGGCGCGGCGGAGGCGGAGGCGGGCGAGGAGGAGAGAGCCGCGAUGCGCGCGGUGUUGUCCGCGUCGAGAGACGCGAUGAAAGCCGCGGGGUUGCCGCCCGUGCCGUACGCGUAUCUGAGGGAUAAAGGGUCGGGGAAGGCGGCGUUGAAGGCGAUUCGAGCGGCGUUAGUGAACGAGGAGGCGAAGGCGAGGGCGAGGGACGCGGCGGGGAAGCGCGGGGUCGGGAAAAGGGACGAGAGGAACGAGGCGGCGGCGGCGCCGGCGGCGGCGGCGGAGGAGGAGGAGGAGGAGGAGGAGGAGGACGCGCGCGCGGCGGGAUCGCCGACGCCCGACGAGACGCGCGUCGUCGUCGUCGACAUCGUCGACGACGACGCGACGACGACGGCGAUGGGUCGCACGACGUCGUCUCUGGUUUCGACGCGCGAUUGGUCCAAAGUCGCGUCCAGGGUCGGGGACGUCGGGCGUAGGAAGAAAACGUCGCCGGCGCCGCCGCCGCGCGCGGCGCUGGCGUCGCGGCUCGUGCACUCCGGGCGCGUCGACGCGCGCGACGCGACGAGAGCAACCUCCGCGAUACGCGCGAUGCGAGCGACGAGCGACGCCGCGAGACCGUCCCGACGCGGCUUCACGCGGCGCUCGAAAGCGGCGGACACGCGCGCGCGACUCGAUCGGUGCCUGGGGGGGGCUUCGACCGCGGCGGCGACGUUCCGUGCGCCGCGCGUCGACGUCGACGUCGGGGGAAGCAGCUCGUACGGUCUGUGCUCGCUCGUGGACGACGUGUGA